AUGCUUAUCACACCACCCGUCGAUACUUCUUCCCCCAAAGGAGGAGGCGUAUUGACCGAUGUCUGCGCCGUCCGCAUGGAGGAGCUGUUUGGGUGCUGGCAGGAGGCGCGGCGGGCGGACAAAGUGGCCGACAAGCUGCUUGUCGUGCGGACUGCCCUCGACCCAGAAUACUACGAGAACAUAUCCGCGGUGCUGAAGGAAGUCGAGAGCGCGAGCCGUCUGCUCCGCGAUCUCUACGAUCUGUUCCCCAUCUACCGCAGCAGGGUCCCCGUCGUCCUCUACUACCUCAACGUCAUCCUGCCCACGCUGUGCAAGUCCAUGCGCGACAUGAUGAUCUAUAUCGAUAACGAGGAGCUCCCGAUCCGGACGCAAUGGACGUUGAUGAGCCAGCGCUUGAGCGACCAAGGAGGUAUUACUUUGGCACAGCGAUUCGCGAUGUACUGCGAAGCCUUGAUCUCCCUUAUACGAUCCCACCUCGCUGGAGCUGUUGCGCGUGAGGCACAUGCACUUAAGAAAGCUCCAAGGCAUCCCAGCAUGAACCACGCGCUUAUUCUUCCAUUGAGAGUGACAGACCCCCAGGUCCAGAUCGUCCCCCAUCACGCGCCUGCUGCGCCCAGCCAGAAAGAGCUUGAGAAGAAGCGUCGCCAUUGGGCAGAGAAGAUUUUCAAUGACCAGCCUCAUUCGACGACAGGGCUAAGGCACAGACGAGGGUCGAGAUGUUUUGGCCCGCCUAUGGUUGAGUCGAGGCUGGGGAUUCCUCCUGGAUCGACUGUGUUAUUCAAAUUACCAUUCGACAAGAACCGUCUAUCAGUUACCCUCUACCUCCACGCCGACGGUGCCGACGUAACACGGCUCCUCUGUCGGUGGACAGACCGCUUUUACAACCCCAUCUAUUCCUGCUACGGCGUCCACGAGCUCUGCGUCCGGCGCAAAGGCUCAUCCCUACAAUUCCGUCGAUGGAGUAACAACAAAGCCCAUUCUACACUAUGGAUGGCUCUAUUCUUUAAAACCUGGGAAAGGAUGGUUCUUUUCCACGCUGCUUUUGUAGCCUUAAAGGCCCGUUGUCCCUUGUCUAUAAAUGUCAAUCCCAAUGAUUAUGGCCUCGCUGGUGAGGAUGUGCUAUUCCGAGGGCAAAUUGUCGACGACGGCUUCGAGCACUCACUAGCUGUUAUCCAAGACCGAAAAUGUGGCGGUCUUCGAUUACAUGCCGCGGUCUGGAAUGGGGAAUUAAGAAGAUGUCCCGUGUGGACAGCUUUCGUAACCUACCAAUCUGCCUCAAGUCAAUGGUUAUACCGCCGCAGCAGCCACCGAAUCCGCUUGAAGGAUAUCACACCCUAUGUAUUCUGCUCGACGUACAAGAAAAAACAUCAAAUGAAACAUGGUGAUUUCGAGAUUUAUUUUGUUGAUCGUCGAGCGGCAGAUGCUUUUGAAGAAUUAUUUAUGGAGGAGGAGACAGAGGACGAUGAUGGGGAUCAUGUUAUCGAUGUCCCGCCUCAUGCCCCUGAUGGGCCGUCGGCGGCUUAA